UUACUGGCGGCAGUAGCUUAGUAGAGUCAGUCCCAGCUGAGCCACCAUGAUGGAUGGUACACUCUACUUCCUGCUGCUGCUGGGUCUCUUAUGUACCCCUGCGGCUGUGGCUCAGGACCAGCAACUGCGGGAGAAGGAGGUUGCUAAGGCCAGGGUCGAGAGCUGCGGUGGAUGACGUCUGAACAGACUCCCCGAGGUGAAGAAAUUCAUCCACGAGGAUAUUCCCUUUUUCCACAAUGUGAGAUAUCAGCCUAUUGGUGGUGCUCCCCCAGAGUUGGUACUGCUCAAUAAAUUUGACAAGGAAGUAGAGCGCAUUCCUCUGGAGAAGCUUAACCGCGAAGAAUGCAACCAGCUGCUGCUGAAGAAAGGCUUCUACAAGAAGACUACCAAAGAAGAGGAAGUACCAGAAGAGUACCUCAAUGGCCCUUAUAGGGAAAGGGAAGAGCUCUAGAUGAAUUUUUAACCAUUGUGUCCAUUAAUGUUAAAUUAAAUUUUAAGAUUGCUUAGUUUCUUUUAGUUUUUAAGAUAUUUAACUGAUGCUUAUGACACUGCUCAAAUUUCAA